UGAAGUCAUUUACGGAGUACUCCGUACAUUCCUCCUCGUCUGGGCCAGACGCAGUCUCUCCUUGCUGAGUUCCAACCAUGCCAAGGAUAGAGCGUAAGACAACCGGUCAAAGUGGUCAUCCUUCCAGUGGUGUCCUUGUGGAGCGACGUUGCUAGGCGGCCAACCGGUUGAUCGAGGUCGACAUUCCUUAUUCGAUCCUUGUCCAAAGGAUUCAUACCAUCAGGGUAGCUUCAGGGCGGGAGUGACGAGAGAGUGUGCGUCGUGCUCGCUUUGAGAGGCCGAAUAUUGCUUCGUUGACUGCUUAGUGGCGCCCUCGGUUUACUUUAUAUAUAUUUAUUUUUCUUUUUAAACACUACUACCAUUUAGAAGCCAAAGGUUUGCUUCGCCAGCAUGAGGAUUGCAUUUUUUAGUAUACUUCCUCACGAGAAAGAUGCCUUAGAGGCAUUCAAUAAAGAAUACCACCAUGAAUUGGUAUUUUUCAAAGAUAGCCUCUCAGAGGCAAACGUGGCUCUUGCUGCUGGCUUCCCAGCAAUAUCAGCCUUUGUCAACGAUCAGUUGGACUCAACGAUUAUGAGAGCCCUGGCCGAGUCUGGGACCAUGCUCGUGGCCCUGCGCUGCUCCGGUUAUGACAGGGUCGAUAUCAAGGCAGCGACGGCGAACGGCAUCACUGUUACGCGUGUCCCCGCCUAUUCUCCAGAAGCCAUCGUCGAGUACACCGUCGGAAUGUUGAUUGCUCUUGACAGGCGCACCCCUCAUGCCUGGCAGAGAGUGCGCGCUGGAAAUUUUGAUUUGACGGGUUUUGUAGGGCAUGGGAUCCAUGGAAAGACUGUUGGUAUAGUGGGAACCGGGCGCAUCGGUGCGGGAGUUGCCAGGGUGUUCAAAAAUGGGUUUCACUGCGAGGUUCUUGCCAAUGACCUCUAUCCCAAUGCGACGCUGGAACAGGAUGGCGUCCGUUACGUGGAGUUCAAGGAGCUGUUAAAAAGCUCUGACAUCGUCUGUCUGCACUGCCCAUUGACUACUGCGACUCGCCAUAUUAUCAAAGCCGAGACAUUGGCUAUCAUGAAACAAAAUGCCAUUCUUGUCAAUACCAGCCGAGGGGCGCUAGUUAACUCAUCAGACCUUCUACACGCAUUAGAAAAAGGUCGCAUUCGUGGGUGUGCCCUUGACGUCGUUGAAGGGGAAGAGAAAUAUUUUUUCCAGAGCUCAAACCAGGCCAAACAUAUCGAUGAUGUUUUGAGGCGGUUGAUUUCCCUGCCAAAUGUGAUGAUUACCGGUCAUCAGGCAUUCUUGACAAGAGGAGCGGUCGAUAGCAUUGCAAAGACAACCUUGAAGAGCAUUCGCAAUUUUGAGUCCGGCACAUUAAAAGAGAAUGUGGUGUAUGAUAAGUAUAACCAAUGA